AUUCAAUUAAUGCAGAUCCAUGCAGGUGGUCGCAUAUAAUUCACAGGAAAUGCUCAUACCCAAACGAAUAUAUUUUAUAUACGUCAUGGCAUUUAAAAAUUCCUAGUAAUCACUGUAAAGUACACGGUAAGAAAUGUCUCAGCAUAGCUAAAGUAUAGAGUUAAACAUUCGGUUAAAAUAAAGUGAAGAAACGCGCUACAGACAAAUAUGUCGUUAUUGGACGCGCUUUUUCUUGGAGCGCUACGAGAAGCUUUGGAAGAGCAAGGUGGUGGUGGUGGUUCAAGAACAACUGUAACUCGAACAAAUCGUUUCGUCUUUAAUGAAAAGCACAGUCAGCACGUCGCUCUUAGUCCUGACAGAAGAACAGCGACGCGUCAGAUGCCAAUGUUUUGUUUUGAUCAAGGCAUUGCCUUCAGUGAUCAAUCAUUAAAUGAUAACGAAAUUUUUGAAAUUCGUAUUGAUGAAAUGAUGCCUUUUCCUAUGUGGAAAGGUUCCGUAGAGAUAGGCAUAACCUCUCUAAAUCCAAUGGCCAUUAACCUUCCAAAGACAAUGACUGACCUCACCACUGGUACCUGGAUGUUAAGCGGCAAUCAGGUAGUGAUCAAUGGCAAAAUAAUUAGACGUGGGUAUUGUCAAAAUCUAAAUUCGUUAUCAGUCGGUGAUCGUCUUGGUGUGUGUCGAGCUGAUAAUGGCACUCUUCAUUUCUUUAUAAACGGGAAACACCAGGGUGCUGCUGCAUCUGGAAUACCACAAGGUGUCCAUGCUGUUGUGGACAUAUACGGAAAGUGCACAAAAGUGUCCAUCUUUUAUCCUGGAGGUCCUCCAUCUAACCCGAGUAGGCCUCACACUGCCCUCACAGCGCCUCCUGUGGCGGCACCUACGUCUAAUGAUGUUGAACUUCAGAGAUACUAUAAACAAAGACGAUGGAUCCAGGAAUGUAGAACGCAACCAUUUUCUCUUUGGUUGAUGAGUCACCUCAUGUCAUCAUCUACAGAUGAUGAUAAAAGGGAGCUCUUCCUGUUUAUCAAUUCAUUUGGUCAUCGACUAAACCAGAGUACUGCUACUUGUGAUGGAUGUAAUACAAAGAUUGCUAUACGAUCAACUCGUUAUCGCUGCAUGGAAUGUGAAGAUCUGGAUCUAUGUGUAAAUUGUUUUUCGUCGAAAAGAACCCCGAAGGACCAUCAUUCAGGUCACAAAUUGGCAGAAAUGAGGUGGUGUUGUGAUGGUAAAGAUUGUGGUGGUCAUAUCACAGGAGCCAGAUUUCAUUGCUUGGUUUGUGAAGACUUUGAUCUUUGUUAUGGUUGUCAAAAGACAAAGAACUGGCCUCCAAGACACAAAGACAGUCACUCGAUGACGAAAAGUUCAACCCUGAUAGGUAACCAACAGAGCGGAGCUGCUGCAACGGCUGUUGGUGGUGGGAGCAGUAAAUUUUGCCCUCCGGGUCAACAUCAGUUUUCUCUUGGUACAUGCGUUAUCUGCACAAAUUGUGGUGAAUGUACUGGCUAUGGAGUAAACUGUAUCAAUAAUAAGCAGACGAACAGAGAUCCCAAAGGAUUAUGUGGAUGCGGCCUUGGCGACGCUGGAUGUACCAAAUGCGGAAUAUGCAAAAAAUGUGAAAACAAAAUAAAGGCGGGUCCAGGUAUCGCGAGCCCCACAGUCACUUCUAGGCCGAUAAGUGCACCAAGAAAGAAAUGUGAAUAUCGCGAGAUGUGUGAACGCUUUGUUAAAUCUUUGAACAUUUCAGAUGAAUUUUUUGACAAGACACCAGCAUUCAACAAAUGUUUUUGUGUAGAUUGCCACAAAGCACGUGGUGACAAAGAAUGCUAUUCUCGUGGCAAGCCCGCACAGACUUAUGCUUUACCAAUUGGCUGGAGUCGGUUUUCUAUCAAAGUUGGCCCACACGCAAAAGUGCUGAAAAUCUUCGAGGAAUGGCACGUGGCCUUUCAUGGAACACAAUCAAAGUAUCUUAAGCCGAUAUUUCACAAUGGUGCUCAAUUGCUUAUGGCAGGGGAUGUUGCCUAUGGAGGAAGCGAGUUACAUGAAGGUGAAGGACAUUACAAUGAAAACUGGAAACCAAAAGGAUUUGACACGAAGAAAAUUUUCGUCUCUCCAAGUAUAAAAUAUUCUGGAUGCCCUGUUUAUGCAAAGAAACAAAGUUUUGUUGAUCCUGUUACAAAAAAGACUGUAUCAGUACAAGUUGCCAUGCAAGUCUUGAUACGGCCUGGAUCCUACGAUAUUGGAAAAACUACUGUAGAACGAGCUCAGCCUUUCGAUGCUAAUUUUAGUGAUGAUGAAUUAGAAUGGUCAACCAAGGAAAGAGGAGCCGUAAUUGUAACUGGACUGUUGGUGAAAAUACAAUGAUAAUCCUUUCUAUUUCGUUAAAUGAAUCUACAAUUACACCCAAGCAGAAACGGAGGACCAAGGGAUGAAACAAUACAAAUUCGCGAAAUUGGCCAUUUCGAAGAUGCAGUAGAGAAGUUGCAGGUAUCAAGUGACUGUUUUUGGAUGUAAACAAAAGUUCGUCCCAAAAACAGCCCCGCACAUCACCAGUCUUCUACAGCAACUUUGAAAUGGCUAAUACGAAUAACAAAAUAAUCAGAAAGAAACUCAAAUUCAAAAUCAGAAAGAAGCACAAACCCAUGCAAAGGCAAUUCCAGAGCGACAAGGAAAAUGACUCAAAAGAUCAAUAAUCAUUCAAGUAAAUUGGCCGCCUAUAUUGAAGAAGGCGCCACCAUAUUCAAGCCCUUCGUUCGGGUUCAGGAUUAAAUAAGGAUUGUAUUUAGAUUUUUAUAUAGUAAGAAAUCAUGUUUAACAGUACAAUUGUGUGAACAUUAAAAUUAAAACAAUUUUGAC